UAUACAUAGCGGAUGAGAGUACAAUUUUAGCGUAGUCUCUUGCGAGAAUUCAACGGACAAUGAAGUGAACUUUUUACGAUUUUUAGCAUUUUCGCACACAACUAUACUGUUCGCAUUUAGAGAAUGAUGUAUUAAAAGUAAAAAAUAAACAAGUUUAAUAUAAAAUACAAUACAGUGUAAAUGUACGCAUUUUUGUAAAAGUACUUACAUAUUUACCAUACAUAUGCACACGAGUAUAUAGUGUAUGCCUACACAAAAGUCAAGAAAUGCCUUCGGUACAUUAACUAGCAGCUAUACCAAGUGUUCAGUGUGUGAUAAACGCAGUUGCCGUACCAAUUUAUGACUGAAUUGAGGCUAGUGACGAGAGCAUAUAGGACAUUUAAAAUUAAAAAGCAAAACGCACAGCUUAAACUCGUCGACAUUCAUUCAGUUACAGAAAGGGAUCUACAAAAUCAUACCAAAAAUUUCUUGGUCCUAACUACGAUUAGUACAACGAUUACGUACAAGUGCCAGCGUCACUAGUUGGCGCAAAGAAAUACUCGUGGAAAUCAACUUAAAGCCUAAACGCCGAGUGCAAACCUACUCACAUACAUCAACAACGCUCUUUGUAGUAUUUUAUAUUUGACCAUGGAUGUGUGGGGUGUAUUUGUUGGUGACUCGACACUGUCGUACGGUGGGUCAGUGCGCAACUCAAAUAUUCGUGACUAUGAACAGUUUCCUUAUGGCACAUUCGAAAACAGUUCCAGUUCUCCAUCUAGAGAUUCAUACAGCAAGGUUCAAGAAAAAUGCAGACAAGUAAAAUCUGUAAAGGCCCAAAAGAAGGAGUGCCCCUUCUGCAGGGAACAGAAAAAGAGACCGCUUACCACUUACAUGCGCAAACGAGAGUCUCGCAAACAUCACGAUAGUAUUUGUGAGGAGCAUGAGGAAGAAAUUGAAGAGAAGGAGUUGCAGACGACGUCAAUGGAACCAGCUAAUGUAUCUCUGCAAUAAUACUCGAACACGCAGCAUUUAAGUGUCAACAAACCGAAGUGGAUUUCAAAUUGAGCAAGCGCGGAAUAUUUAUGAAGUGCUAAUAACAACAACAACAACCAACGAAAAAUGUCGUGAAUGUCGUGCACCAACGACAAAUGCUUUGAAGACGGUGCAGUUACUAGAUCAAAAACUUCUACAGCUACAUAGAUAAAGGAAUUAAGUAAAAAAAUGCAUUUCAAAACGUGAACGAAGUAGUUUCUAUAGCACAGCAACAAAAACACUACCACUUUCCGUAUUUUUAUACAUACAUAUACAUAUGUGCAGAAAUAACAAAAUAACAACAAAGCAAGAAAGAAAUAUUACCACAUAAAACUUAUACUAAAAAACUAAUAAAUACUUUAUACAUUUAUUAAUAAUAUUCAGAACCUUCAGAACGAAUAGAGUAAUACGUGUAACAGAUAUAACGCAGAUAAAUAUAUGCAUUUCUUUUUAUAUUCGUAUGUUCUUGCAUAUUUACAUCCUACUUCAUGGAAAAAUCUGAAAUUUAAAUAUGUAUUAUAAUUAAUAUAUAUGUACAUAAAUAUUGAUAAUUUAGGAGAGAGACUGAAUCAGGCAAGCUAAUGUUUUCAAUAUAAACGAAAUAAUUUAUAAUUUUUAUAACCAAACCCUUCCAAGUAUAAUUGUUUACCAUAAAAAAAAUAAAAUUAUUAAAAAAAAUAGCAAAAAAUAUGCAUAAACGGAAUGGCGUUGAAUCUGUCUAUAUUAGACAAGACAUGUAAUGUAAAUAAAUACAUGAUAUAGAUAUGUUUUGUGCACAUGUAAACUGUUUGGCUUCUUGUUAUUAUUAUGUUUGUACUUGUAUACGCUUUGUAGCUUUGAAAGUUAACAAAAUGAACACUUAUAAAAGAAAUAUAAAUUUUUUAUUUGUAAGUUGGUAAUGUAAUUAUAAAAUAAGAGCAAAUUAAAUACAUAUUUACAU